UAAUAAUUUUAUUGUAUGUAUUACAGGCAUUUGCAAUGCUUCUGGGGAGCAUCUGGUAACUUUUGGCAAAGUCAUUGGGAGAAAAUAGUGUAUCUGUUUGGGAAAGAAUAUUCUCUUGCUGUUUGGGGUACUUUCAUCUCCACAUUUUUAGUUUAUUGGGGAGCUGGUCUCCUCUACACUUUUAUAGAUUUAACGGGAAAACCUGCUUUUCUACUUCGUUACAAAAUUCAAGAUACCACUGCUUAUCCAGUGAAAGUGUCUCAAGUUUUGCAUGUUGUUAAACAAGUAUUAAUCAAUCAAAUUCUUGUUGGUAUUCCAUUUGCUAUGGUUGGUUAUCAUUUGAUGAAAUGGAGAGGAUACGAUCAAGGAAUUGAAUUACCAACAUUCCAAUGGGUGUUGUUAGAACUGACUAUAUUUAUUUUGAUGGAAGAACUUGGAUUCUAUUACUCCCAUAGAUUAUUGCACCAUCCGAAAGUAUACAAGUAUAUUCACAAACGGCAUCAUGAGUGGACUUCACCAAUUGCAAUCACUGCAGUAUACUGUCAUCCAGUUGAGCACAUUUUUUCGAAUUUAGUACCACCAUAUCUUGGUCCAUUACUUAUGGGAUCACAUACUGCAACUUCCUGGCUAUGGUUCACAAUUGCUAUUCUUUCAACUUUGAAUGCACAUUCCGGAUACCAUUUUCCAUUUUUUCCUUCACCCGAAGCACAUGAUUUUCAUCAUUUGAAGUUUAAUCAAAAUUAUGGAAUGCUUGGCGUUUUGGACCGGUUACAUGGAACCGACACGCAGUUUCGUAACAGCAAAGCGUAUCAUCGUCACAUCAUGCUCCUUAGUCUUGUUCCCUUGAAACAGCUGUAUCCAGAUGAUUUAAAACAGAAAACUAAAUGAUUUGGUUGAUUUGUUUUUGUUUUUAAUUUUCUAUAAAGCAAGUGGCCUUAAUUUUGAUUUUGCCAUUUCUACCAUUAAAAGCAGGGCUGUGGAGUCAAUAAAAAAUCACUCAACUCUGACUUCUGAUAAUUUUAGUAGGCCGACUCUGAUUCCCGACUCUGGCAAAAUUAAAUACCAAGUCAUUUUAUGUGGGGGCAAUAAGAGGAAAAAGUGGAAGCAAUAAAAUUCUACAUCUACAUAUCUUUUUCUACAGCUUUUGCACUUCAUUUCACCUUUCAGAAAAGUUAGUUCUAUUAAAAAUUGUUUGAUCUAGCUACUUCAGUCCCUUGUUCAGAAAAGAAAAAUAUAUACUGUAUAUUCUAGUGUAUAAGAUGACUGGGUGUAUAAGACAACCCCUGACUUUUACAGUUAAAAUAUAGAAUUUGGGAUAUACUCAUCAAAUAGAUCUGAGAGGCAGAGAAGAUGUACAGUAAUAGGUUACAUACAAAGGUGUGCCAGACGGGUGAAAGAUGCAUGUUUUUCUGGGCACAGCGCCGCUCUAUCUCUAUCCAUACCCCAGGCAUCCCAGCCGACUGAAGCACCUGCCCUAUAAGAUGACACCCGGCAUAUAAGACGAUCCCCGACUUUUGAGAAGAUUUUCCUGGGUUAAAAAGUCGUCUUAUACGCCGGAAUAUACGGUACUCUGAUAGUCUGGCUCAUUCAGAAAAAUAGAAUACUUAUUUAGAGCGGGGAUAAGAAAGGAAUGAAUCAAUAAUAAUCAAAUUCAAUUGGGUCAAAAUAAUUUAACUACUAAACACAAAUACUACAAAGAAAACUAUUGAUACAUAUUUAAUAAAUUAAAUUGUUGCAUUUUGUAAUUAAAAUAAAUGAAUUAUAACAAAAUACAAAUACAUUUUAAAAAAAAUUAAUAAAUAUAAAAUAAAUUUUGUUUCAUUUAAAUAGAAAAAAACUAAAUUAAAUUUAAAAUGUCAGAGUUGACACAUUUUUCCUGACUCCGACUCCUCUGGCCAGAAAUUCCUCCCGACUUCGACUCCACAGCCCUGAUUAAAAAAAGUAUCUAAUAUUUAAACAGUAUUUACUUUGAUAAAGUUAUCAUUCCAAUAUAUAACUCUCAAUUAUUACCUCAUUUCUAAUCUAAUUUAAUAAUAAUUUCUUAGUUAUAUACUUGUUGAAAAAUGAUAACUUUUCCUAUUUAAACUUACUAUUUUGAUUAAACAUUUAUAUUUAAGAGUUGUAGCCAAAACUCUUGAAUUUAUUCAUAAUAUACAUAUAUAUUUUUUUAUUGUUAUAUAAAAUUAUAAAUAUUUUUUUGAAGUUUCUUCUAAUUUAUAUGAAUGAAAUUAAAUAUUAAAAAAAAAAUGUUUAAAUCUUGUACAAAUAGGAAAUUUCACAUUUCAUUUGAUAAAAUUAGAAGAGUUGUUCUAGCUCUGCUUGCCUAUAUAUAAUGUCGGCAAAAAAAAAAGUUUUAAACGUGCCUGUUUUGGAUUUUAAUGAUGUUUCCAUGCUUUAGUCACUAUCAGAUUUACACCUCGACACUUUUACAAUAAACGAAAUGCUUAUAACUUUGUGAAAAUGUCUCUUUAAUAGAUAAUUUCAUGACGAUGAUGAUCACCAGUAUUAACUUUGCAAAAGAUUUUCACAAGAUUGUAAUUAUUGAGAAGAAACAAUAAUAAUUUUUUUUUAAUUUUAUACAAAAAAAUAAUCUAUUAUUUAAUGUUAAAGCAUGAUGUGAAAAAAACAAUUAUAUAACUAGAAUGUUAAUUGACUAACUGUAAAAAGUUUUAUGCACAUAUUAUUUUCUGGUAUCUUGUACAAUAUUUAUAAAUAUAUAUGUAUACAGCUGUGUGUGUCAGUGUAUUUAUGUUCCUUUAUAGACAAUAAUAAUAAUAAUAAUAAUGAAAAGAAUUUUGUAAAUUAUCAAGCAGUUUCGAUUCUAAACUGUAAUUUCUACAGAUAAAUUAGACAUGUAAAGAUAUAACUCCUGAAUUGUACUAAUCAAUUUGCAAGUAUCAUAAAUGGCUAACAGUAAUUCUAGAUCUGAAAUAUCUUCCUUAUUAUUAUAAUUCACGACCUGAAAAUUUGUCAGGAAAGCCUGCUAACAGGGUAUUGUAUAAAAAAAAAGGUAAAUCUAAUAAUAUAUGAAUGGAUCUCUCAUUUCAGUAUAAAAUAUUCACUUGUUUGUUAAUAUUUAAUAACUAGUUUAAAAAACAUAUAUUUUCAUUAAUUUCAAUUAUAAAUUUUAUUUAAUAUUUAUUCAGGAACUUGUAUAAAAUUAUAAAAGUCACUUAUUUGUUAAGUUUAUUGGAUAUACAAGGUGAAAAUUAUAAGGCCAAACAUUUUCUUAAAGAAUAAUUUGAAGGAUUGAAUGCUUCACAUAUGUAAUUUAUGCGUUUUAUAAAAUUUUCUGUUUUUUAAUAUAUAAUUGCAUGUAAAAAUGUUUAAUUUAAUCAUCCAUAUCAACUGAAUCUUUCAGUUAAUUUCUUCUAGUUUUGUUAUCUUAAUUUGAAGUUUGUUUAAUUUAAGAAAAGAAGGAAACAAUGGCAAAAGUAUGUAUCGAAUUUUGAAAAUAUACUUUGAUAAUUAAGCAGUGUGUUUGUUUUUAAUCAUAUCAAUCCAGUUAAGAUCCUCUUGAGAAUCUGUUUGAGAUGAUUAUAAAGCAUUAGUUUUAUAAUUAUCUUGAAUAUCUAAUUUUCUUGACACAAGAUUGGAAUUUAAAAAUGCGGCAAAACACUGCUUUUCUGAACUUCCUUAAUUAUGAAUGUAAACCUGAAAACAGAAUUCCCUACUUGUUAUUCAUCCAAUGGAAAGUUUGUAAUUAUAGAUAUUAAUUUCAGAAAAAAAGAAAAUUAAACAGUCAUACCUAAAUUUUCAUUUUAAAACGUGAAUCUAAUUGUAUUAAUAUUAUUUGAUGAAUUUACAUCCUCCUACAUAUUUAUAUCAGUGGUGUAGACAGGGAGAGCCAGUGGUUCAAAUCCUCACUUUAGGUCAGUGGUUUUCAAUCGGGGCACCAUGGUACACCGGGGGGACGUUGACGACACUUGGGUACUGCAAAGUAGUGCCAAGCAGCACUAUAACACUUCUUAAAAGUACAAAAAGCUCUAACUUUAUAUUGUUAUAGUAGUAGUGCCAUAAGAAAAAUUACCAAGUCGGAAGUUUCACUAUUAAAAACAGGAUAGAAAAACACUGCUUUAGGUAUUCAAAAACUUAUAUAAGAUAAACAUUAUUAAAGUAUUUAUGCAUUUACUUGGAUGAAUUCUUAUCGUACAUGCCCAAUUUAUUUCAAAAAAGUAAAAUAUCACUUACGCAAAAGACUAUGCGUAAAUACUUUUCAGAGAAUUCAAAUAUUUUGCCCCUACUGAAUAAAUUCAUCUACAUCACUGAUUUAUAUAUGUAAAUUCUGUUGUUAACUUUAUUUCAAAUAGAAUGUAAAAUAUUGUCAUUACUUAUACAAUAUUGGCAUUUAGACUAGUUUCUUUGAAAGUAAAAGUUAUAUUUAUUGAAAAGUACAAAGUGUUUACGAUGAUUUUUGUAAAGAAAGUAAACUUUUCUGCUUGUUGAUUUUGUAUGAGUAGAAAUAGAACUGAUGUUUCACGACAAUAUAAUAUUUUCUUUAUAUUUUUUAUCAUGUUAAGUCUUAACAAAUGUUAAAAAUUGGAGGAUCUUGGAUACUUAAAUUACUGUUUGUUUUUAAGUACUUAAGAUUGAUUUUUUUUUUAAUUUCAAAUCUUGUUGUUGUAAUUGCUCACAAUAAAUUUGUUCCUGAAUUUGUAUUAUUGAUAAUUAAAUAACUCUUACUCACAGUCUGUUUUCAGAUAUACUCGAAAUAUAUCCAUCAGAAAUUUAUCUCAAACCUAUGCUUAGCUGAUAUAUUUAAAGCAUCUGUAGUCAGUAACAAGCAGAAUAGGUAUGUGAUGAUGAGCCUUAUGUAUUGUGUUGUUUUCUAUAAUAACUUUGUAAAAACAGCUUCAGUAUUAUUUACUGUACACAGUAUUCUUUAAUAAUAAACUUAUUCCUUAAAGUUCA